GUAGCAAAUGCAUCCGUAGCGUAUCGCUGCGACGUUUUGAGCGCGUUGUUGCAGUCAUAAUUCCUACCUUUCUUUAUCCGAAUAAACGCCUAUAAACACACAAAUAGCUAGGACAGUGAAGUCUGGAAACGCUUUAUACAUUUCUAUAUGUUGAUAUCUGGAAGCUUGGAAAACGGUCGAAGGGGUUGCUAGCAUUGUUGCUGGCCCACACGACACUCAGUGUAAGAUGAGUGUCAACACCGUGUCCUGUACGGUGAAGCCUGCCAUCACCUUGCAGCUUGGAGAUGCCAAGACGGAUACAUCUCGUCCUGGAGUCUACGUCAUAGAUGUUACACUUCCUAUAGGACAGACUGUUAAUAUUCAGGAGAUCUCCUUUAAGAACUACUACACAGCAUGCCUGACCCUGCGGCUGCUGAUUAGAGGCGAGGAGGGGGCAGCUAAGUGGGCUACAUGUCUCAGGAACCGCUGUCUGAUGCCCAGCCCACACACGGAGGAAGGAUCUCAGGACUACUACUCUGUCUACAGGCAACAGAUGCUGAUCGAGCCAGACAAUGUGUUGGCGGUGAGACUCAUCCUCCGUCAGCCGUCGUCAUCCUGGCUGAAUUUCAGCGUUGAAGAGAUCAAAAUACACCCCUGUAUUACUGAGGAUCCAGAGAGAGACAUCCCUGAUUGGUUGUCAGAUCUAACACAUGUUGACCAACUGUCUGAUUUACAAGGUCUUCCAGACCCUCAGACGGUUUCUUCCAGUAUUCAGCAGAUGUGGGCGUUGACAGAGGUCAUGCAGACCAACCAAACCACUGCUUCUGUUGGACGCUUUGAUGUGGAUGGCUGUUACGAUAUCAACUUGCUGUCCUUCACAUAAUGUGCAAUAGACUAGAGGGUAAUUUUACACAGAACCAUCUACGGUCUCUUUUUGGUUAAUUGCCUAACAAUAUUAUAUUUCAGUUAUAAUCUUUAUUUAUUUUUAUUUGCUACAACAUGGUUGCCACCUUUGUCAAUCCUGAUUGCAACUUUGUAUAGAAUAGUGGGUGUAAUUAGUGUGUAAUUAUAUAUAGAUAGAUAUACAGUUGUGCUCAAAAGUUUGCAUACCCUUGGAGAAUUGGUAAUAUAUGUACCAUUUGUA